AUGAAUAGCAAUAUAUUGGAUCCGAAACUGUACACCAAGUUGUAUUUAAAUGGCCAAUACGUUGAAGCGCAGAACAAGGAGACAUACAGCCUCAAAAACCCCAAAAAUAAUACUAUAGUCACCGAGAACGUCCCAAUAGCCGGGCCCGAGGAUAUUGAAGCUGCUCGAACCGAAUGCCUUCUCAAACUGGCCUCACUACUUGAUGAAGAGCUCAUGCCGAUCUUGACUUUAGACUCACUCGCUUCAGGAAUCCCUGUUUCCCUGGCUCCAGUCCGCGAAAAAACUUAUAUCAGAAAUUGUGUCUUGUACUACGCAGGUUGGACAGACAAACAUAAAGGCGAUUACUUUCCCGACGAUGAUGGAUUUGUCAAGUUAGUUCGACAUGAACCCCUCGGCGUUUGUGCGGCAAUCAAUCCAUUUAAUUCGCCUUUGGGAUGUUUUUUUCUGAAGGCGGCGCCAGCUCUCGCAACUGGUAAUGUUAUGAUUAUCAAACCCAGUGAAAAGACUCCACUAGGAUCUCUGGCUAUCGCAGCUUUAUUCGAAAAAGCCGGUUUUCCCCCUGGGGUUAUUCAGGUGGUUACAGGACCAGGGUCUACUGGUGCUCUUCUUGCGGGGCAUAUGAGAAUCCGUAAAAUCAGUUUCACUGGCUCGGUGCCAACAGGAAAGAAGAUUCAGCAGGCUGCAGCUCAAAGCAAUUUGAAACGAGUUACGCUUGAGUUAGGAGGAAAGAGUCCCGCUGUUAUUUUCGAGGACGCUAAUCUUGAAAAUGCGCUCACGUGGACAAUCAACGCGAUCUUGACACGAAGUGGGCAGCUCUGUGUUGCUGCGUCGAGGGUGUAUGUCCAUAAAAGCAUCGCAGAUAAAUUCAUCGAAGAAUACGUAAAACGGAUGAAGGCAGCUACGAAUGAAUUUGGAGAUCCUCAGGACCCAGCAGUAAAACUGGGACCCAUGGUCGACAAAUCACAGCUUGAGCUGGUAAAACAGAGGGUAGAACAGGGAAAGUCUGAGGCGGAGCUACUUGUUGGUGGUGCUCAGCAUGGAGAAACAGGAUGUUAUAUGGAACCAACGGUCUUCUUGAAUCCGAAACCAGAUGCUGAUAUCUAUCGAAAUGAGGUUUUCGGUCCAGUCAGUGUCAUAAAAACUUUCGAUACUGAAGAGGAGGUUGUAAAGUUAGCAAAUGACACUGAGUUUGGUUUGAUGGCCGGAGUCUUCACAAAAGAUGUCACACGAGCAAUACGUGUGUCCUCGGCUCUGGAUGCCGGUGUUGUUGGUGUCAAUUGUGUUAGUCUACAAAGCCUACAAGCUCCUUUUGGAGGGAAAAAACAGAGCGGCGUCGGGCGAGAAUUUGGAGAGUAUGCGCUGAGGAUAUUCACUGAGCCAAAGACGGUCCUCAUCAACAUGGCAGCAUAA